CCCUGUGUCUGUCUUCCCGCCCGUUUAAAGGCCAUCCCGCCAAAAAUGCUGUCGCAGCUGUGUUGCGCGGGAUAUUGCCUGUUGCGCGGUAAAUGACGUGUCUCGUGAAUUCGGUGGAUGAUCACUCAUCAAUGUGUUAAUCGUUGACGUGGACGAACCGUUGACGAAUUAUAAGCAACUAUAAGACGAUUUGUCGACAAAUAUUUCGGAAACUUUUGAUCAUUUUCACACGACAACGUUGUUCGCACGGCCAAGUCGUAGCCGUCGUUCUUGAUAUCGCGAGAAGAUAGCACAGCGAACGGAAUAGUCCCGAGGGUGCUUAUAAAUCUUGCCGAAUUCUCUCUUUCCUCGUUUUCCAGGAGCUCGCGUGUGGAGCUGGUUGAGGAAAGGAAUUGGAAACGAUUGAAACAAUAUUUGACGACGAGAAAAAUCAUAAUUGGAAGCACUCGCCCUGAGAAGAGGAUUCGUCGACCACGUGCUGCUCCAGCUUUUGUAUUUGACGAUAGUUUUAAUUUGUUGGGGAAUCAUUUGCGAGAACGAUGUCAGGCAUGCAGACCACCAUUUCCUUUCCUGUGCGGAAGAAAUGCAAUUUUUACAGUCGCAAGGAGGAAGUGAAGGAAGAUUUUACGAAUGCUACAGCGAAGCAAACCCCGUCGAGGUACGUCCCGACUGUCAAGAAGAUUGUCACCUUGACUAGUAGCGAGUCAGAGUCUGAUUCUGACAUUGAGAAUACAAUAGAGAGGCGCAAAGCAACCAAGGAAAAGGUGACCGAGAAUGCAUGCCGUACGCCGAGACGACGAAAGUGCGACGAGUUGGAUAAACACACUCCCAGUCCACCCAAGCAGAAAAAGGACAAUCUUCAGUCUUCCUUGACGCCGUCCACUCUUCUCAAUAAAUUAGUUCUAUCCCCUAAAAAAGAAGGCAAAUUAACUCCAAAACAAUUAUUUGACUUUUGUCUUUCUGAGGAGGAAGACGAGCUACCUAAGCCAAUGUUCAAAUCCAAUAAAUAUCGGAAUGCGCGUAAGUCGUUGCACAGUUCUAUAACGGAUGACUUGCCUGGAAGGGAAGAAGAAUUAAUGAAGCUGCAAAAAUAUCUUCUCGACCAUUUGGACCAAGAAAUGUCAGGCUCCUUGUACAUCUCCGGUCCACCAGGCACCGGCAAAACCGCGUGUCUGUUCAAAAUCAUGCAACAUUCAGACGUAAAAUCAAAAUUUAAAGUGGUUUAUAUUAAUUGUACCAGCAUGAAAUCCGCGGCUGCUAUUUACGCAAAGAUAGCUCAGGAGCUAUCACUUCUUGGUACGACAAAGUCAGGGAAAAACAGUAAAGCCGUUAUAGAAAAAUAUUUGAAGUCCAAACAUAAGACACUGCUCCUGGUGCUUGACGAGAUAGAUCAAUUGGACAGCAGGAAGCAGUCCGUGCUGUAUUCCAUAUUCGAGUGGCCUUCCAUACCAAAUUCCAAGUUGAUCCUCGUCGGGAUCGCAAACGCUCUGGAUCUGACUGAUAGGAUACUGCCAAGACUGCAGGCCAGAUGCGAACUGAAACCCACGUUAAUGCACUACGCGCCGUACUCCAAACAACAGAUAUUCGACAUCAUAUCGGCAAGGCUGAACGAGGCGGACGCGACCAACGUUUUUACUCCGCCUGCAAUACAAUUCCUUGCGGGUAAGGUAGCUGCGAUCUCUGGAGAUAUCAGGAAAGCCUUGGACAUUAGCCGAAGGGUGAUAGAACUGGCAGAAUCGCAUCAAGUGGCGCAAAUACUGCGUCCGACAAACGAUAAUGAUAUGAAUAUAGAACCUUCAAAGAAGGAGACAGAAGCAGUAGACAAACCGGUUGAUUUGAAGGAAGUGGUGACGGUUCUAAAUGGAGUCUAUGGAGGUUCACAAAAUCUCAAUGAACAACAGGAUACAUUUCCUCUUCAACAAAAGUUGUUAAUUUGCUCUUUAUUGCUUAUCCUAAAUAAAGGGAGAAACAAGGACAUCACUGUUGGAAGAUUGUACGAAGUAUACGGAAAGGUGUGCAAGAAGCGCAACAUAUCCGUCGUCGACAUUUCCGACUUCGUGAACAUGUGCUCGCUAAUAGAGACCAGAGGCAUCCUACGAGUGGUAGGCAGGAAGGAGGCACGUUUGUGCAAAGUGAACUUGCAGUGGGAUCAGGAGGAAUUAGACGCGGCCUUGCAAGAUAAGCAGAUGAUGGCUGCUAUAAUCAACGACACAAGUUGUUUGUAGAAUAAUUAGAAAAAUUUUAUGUUAUACCAUCUUUGUUACACCUAAUUUAUUUCAUAGCUCUUUUUACUUGUUGUAUAUAUUGCAAACGCGACAUCUUGGUUGUUACCAAUCGACUGUUACAUCAUCACAAUUCAUUUUUGUACAUAUCAUUCAGAGCAGUCAAAUCUUAAUGUUUAGCACGAAUGUUAGUUUGGAUGCCACUAUUAUAUUGCAUGAGACUGAUUGUACUUUAUGUACUGCGCAUUUUAUACUAUGUUAAUAUUUAUGCGGAAUAUACCAAGUUUAAUACUGCAGAUAUUUUUCAUAAUUGCAAGUAAAACAUUUUUAACACAAGUAUAUCCAUUUGUGUAUUAAAUACAUCAAAGUAAUUUUUCCGCCUGCGAUUUUUCAUACACGACAAUAUAUGUGAAAAGAAAGAAAAAGAUUUAUUGACGAUUCUAUCUUUUGUAUGUAUUUUUUUUACAACAAAAGUUUAGAGAGGAAAUACAUGUUAAAACUUUAAAAUAA